CCAAUAAAAAUGCUACGCGUAGGUUGAAAUCGUGUUAUUUAGCGCACAGUUACCGAAGAAAGGGGAUAGACGGAAGUUUGAGAAAUGAAUACCGUUACUUGUCUUGCACCCGUUAAUAUUGCUGUUAUAAAAUACUGGGGUAAAAGAGAUGAGAAGCUAAUUUUACCGUUAAAUGAUUCUAUUAGUACUACUCUAGAUACUGAACAGUUAUGUGCAAAAACUACUGUUAUGAUCAGCCCAGACUUCAAAAAAGAUUGUAUAUGGUUAAAUAAACAAGAAGAAGACAUUAAGAAUCCUAGGCUACAGAAUUGUUUAACAGAAAUUAGAAAAAGGGCAGGAGGUUCCAAACAAUUAAAUCAAUGGAAAAUUCACAUCUGCUCAGAAAAUAACUUCCCAACUGCAGCUGGUCUAGCUUCUAGCGCAGCAGGAUACGCGUGUCUUGUUACAACUCUUGCUAAAUUAUAUGAAGUAGAGGGUGAUAUUAGUGUAAUAGCUCGUCUCGGUUCAGGAUCAGCAUGCCGUAGCACUGUAGGAGGUUUUGUAAGAUGGUACAUGGGUUCUGAACCAAAUGGAACUGAUAGUAUAGUAAAACAAAUUGCACCUGCUACUCACUGGCCAGAAAUGAGAAUUUUGAUACUAGUUGUAAAUGAUUCAAAGAAAAAAGUUUCCAGUGCAAUUGGAAUGAAAAGAACUAUGGAAACAUCUGAGCUUCUAAAACAUAGAGUAAAACAUGUUGUUCCUGAUCGAGCAAAUAGAAUACAACAAGCAAUUAUAGAAAAAGAUUUCAAAACAUAUGCUGAAAUCACAAUGAAAGAUUCUAAUCAAUUCCAUGCAUUAAGUUUAGAUACAUAUCCACCAAAUAUUUAUAUGAAUGAUGUUUCAUAUGCAAUUGUUGAACUUGUACAUUCAUAUAAUGAAGCUGUCAAUGAUGUAAAGGUUGCAUAUACUUUUGAUGCAGGACCAAAUGCAACUUUGUAUCUUUUGGAGAAAGAUGUACCAAUAGUUAUGGGUGUAUUGGAUUAUUUCUUUCCACCAUCAGAAGAUGUUUUAAUUGAAUACAAAAAAGGGUUACCUAUUGAUGCAGUUAAACCUUCAGAAGUAAAUGAUUUAUUAAAGAAAAUUAAUGUACCAAAACAUGCAUUAGGAUGUUUCAAGUAUAUUAUUCAUACACAGAUUGGAGAUGGCCCUAAAUAUCUUGAAGAUCCCAAAGAUCAUCUUUUAAAUAGUCAAGGAUGGCCUAUAAAUCAUGUUUAAACUUAUCGAUAGGGUGUCUGUAACUUAUUUUUUUAAGACAGAAUUCAUCCAAUAAUAAAAAGGACUCAUCUGUAAA